AUGGGGACAGUCUUGAUGUAUAUAAAAAAAACAAUUUGUGCUUUGGCCAUCUUCGCUGUGUUGGGGAUCCCACAAGCAGUUACAUUCAGUGUUCCAUUUGCUUUGGCAUCCAUAUUCUCCAAAUCUUCUACUGCUGGUCAAGGGCUUUCCUUGGGAGUUCUUAACCUUGCUAUAGUUAUUCCUCAGAUGUUGGUGUCUGUAAUUGGAGGACCCUUUGAUGCUCUAUUUGGAGGUGGCAACAUCCCCGCUUUCAUUGCCGGAGCUGUUGCUGCUGCAGAAAGCGGCAUUGUGGCACUCACCAUCCUGCAAUCGCCGCCGCCAGAUGCUUCAGCAGCUGAAACUCCAGUGGUUGGAUUUCAUUAAAUAAAUAUGGGUUUUAGAUUUAGUUGAAGCUAGCAGAAGAAAGCCUUUGUUUUAGUUGAAGCUCGCAGAAAAAUAAAAUUAAUGAGCAUUGUGGUAUCAUAAUGCGAAAAAAGGGGAUAAAAAUUUAGUUAUAACAUCGGGUAGAGAUGCUGUCUUCGAGUGCAGUGUAAGCUAACCAUAAGUUUGUCUUUGUUUGGCAAAGUGCUGAAUUUAAUGCAUGGCUAGCUUCUUUGGUUCA